AUGAAGGGAGACGGUGUGGUUUUUCAUUUAGUUGAUCCUAACAAAUUCAAGGGAAGUUUAGUUCUUUCCUCCGAAGUGGAUUGCCAGGUCAUGCUAGAGGGCCGGCAAACUGACAUGGGUUUUUGUAAGAAACUCUGCAAUGAGAAUUUGCCGAAGGAGGAUGCAAUGAUGGUUUUGGAAGAUGAAAGUGGGAAAAGUUAUCAGACAAAAUAUCCUGCAUACAAGAGAGACCUAAGUGCUGGAUGGAGAGGGUUCUCCAAGGCUCACAAGUUAAUGAAGGGAGAUGGGUAUAUAAAACAAAAAUCUUCAUUAGCUAAAGCUAAUGAUGCAGUUGAUGUGGAGAAUCUGAGCAUGGAAAGCAAAGACAUGGGAGAUCAAGAUUCUGAACACCCCUUGCAGGACGACCCUAAAGAAAAAAUUGAAAAUAAUCACACAUGGGCCUAUUUUACUGACCAUGGACCUGUAUCAGAUCAUUCUGAACAUGAAAGUGAGGAUCUUGGCUCCGAAAUCACAGCGGGAAUCAGAUUUUCAGAAUCUGUUGUUGAUUUUAAAGAAGAGAAAAGUUCUGAAGAUUUCAACAUUAUUGUAUAUGGUUCAUUAUCAGCAGCGAGCUCUCCAAACACCUUCAAAUCAAGUAUUAUGACAUUUGCUGCAGUCGUUGCUUGA